AUGGUGCCUUCUGAAGCCCAUCUACCAUGUGAGGAGCUCACGAAAGAUGAUGCUCCCACCGUGGCCCCUCUUGUGUCGUCCACACUUCCUCUGACCAAGUCCCCUAUACCUCUGGCCUCCACCCUGUCAGCAGAGCCUCAAGAAGACCAAUCCAACUUGAAGACAAUCCCGCUGAGCCUUGUUCCAGAGAGCUCACCGGGUAACCGCUUUUGUUUGGCAUCUUCUAUCCCAGCAUUCUUGGGCCUUGACCGCUCAUGCCGUCUUAUUUCAGCCCUCUUCUGGUGGUGGGCAGCUGCCAAGGCCUUGCUCUUCCCUGCUUCAACACACUGCAAAUCCCAGCAAGACCAUCUUUCCCAGCACCCAAAAAAGAUCUCUUUCUGGGGAGGCCCUGAAGGCAAGCACGUGGAAGCACGCAGCCUCUCUUUUCUCAGUCCCGAUGUCCAGAAGCUUCUGGAGGUACAAGUCACGAAGAGAGUUGAAUCGAAGAUUUUGAAGGAAAGAGAAAAAGACGGAUUAUUUUCAAAACAAAUGAGCACAGACUACCACCUGAAUUCUUUGGGGAAUAUGUUAAAGUCACUUGGCAAAAAACAGGAUACCACAGUCCCUCAACCCUUCUGGAACACAAAAGGCAAACCGGAGCAGCUGCUCAGUCCUCAACAGUUCUCAUAUCCCAAGAACUUGGGGGACCAUAUACAGUGCAAUUGUAGCCAGCUCUUCUGGGGUCUCCCCUCUCUGCACAGCGAAUCCCUGGGGGCUACUGCCUGGGUGUCUAGGACAUCUUCCCCUAGACAGUCUCCUGUCUUAUUCAAUGGAAACCGUGAAGCUUACCCAGUUAAAAUACAGGCUAAGUCCCCACUGCUUUUGCAACCCCACACCUUGCCCCAACCCAAGGCCCAACCCCGAACUCUGACUCCAACCAUGGCCCAAUCCCAGCCCCCACUUCUGGUUGAGGUCCAGACCCAGGACAAUCUCCAGUCUUCUCUCCCAAUCCUACCAUCUUCUCCAUCCUUGAUUAAACACUGUGAAGUAUCUUGUCCCACAUGCCAGAAUGAGAUACCAUCUCUCAACCCAAGUGAAAAUGAAUACCUGGACUGGCCCUUGUUGCAGCAGCAAAUGAAAAGUAGGAAAGCCAAAAGACCUCAGGAAGCCAGUAGUUCUCCUACCACCAACCUUCCCCAGGACAGCCAGGGCUCCCGCUUCCACAGGUCAAUCUCCUUCCUUCCUUAUCCUAGCAGUCAUGAUUCCCAGAAGCAACUACAGCAACACCUUCAAGAGAGACUCAUCAAAGACCAUUGGGGCCUGCCCUGCAGGGUCAUAAAGUCUCAGGGACUGAAGCAAACUCGGGUAAGAUCACCAGAGACCUGUCAGGCAAAAGAGCAGCGUGGAACUUCAGAGCCCUCUGUGUUGCCAGGUCCAAGAAGCAAGGAUGAUAAAGAGAUGGGACCCAAGCACCCCGAAAGCAUCCCUGUGAGGGACCCAGCAAAGUUCCAGCUAAGGAAAGAUCCAGGGAGAUGUUGGGGGCAAAUUAAUCUAUCCAUGGGAUUGGAAAGCUUCCCAGUGAAGUUUCCGGAGACAGACUCUAAGGAGGAGUCCAAAAGUGAAUUGAAGGGGUGCCCAAAGAGUGACUCAGGAAGUAACUUACCAAAGAACUUAGUUAGGAAACAAGUAGAAAAUGCCCUGAAAAUCCAUCUGGGCAGGAAACUGGGUCAGAUCAUUGAAGGUAGGAUCCCUGUGAGUGUGCGUCGUUCCUGGUUUUCUGUUAGCCACACCUUGCCGAAGACUGACUCCCAGAUGGAAAUCAGAAAUCUAGCAUCCACAAAGGAUCGGAAAUAUCACGUGAACACCUCCCAGGAACUUUCCUUUUGCGAACCCAGCACUCAACAACUGCUAGAAGCACAUAUUAUAAGGUUUCGAGUGAGGCAGAGGUGGGGCUUACCCCUCCAGAUCCUUGAGUUGAGUGAGGCUCAGGUCCCACCCCCUCAGCAGUCCACCUCUCCUACCCCAGCCUACCAUGCAUCUGGUACUCAGAUAGCUGAGGCUGCCACGCUCCUGGGAGAAACCCCCCAGGCAUGUCGGGAAAUGAAGGUGCUAACGACCAAGUCAAACCCCACCCGGGAGGGUCUUCUCCCUGCCCAGUCCUCUGUGUGUGAGGAAGUCCAGAGGGUCUUCAGAUGGGCCCCUCCUGGAGAUGACCACCAGCUCUCAGAGGCCCCUCUGACUGCACAGGAGGGCAGGCAGUCUCCUCAGCCCCUCACCCCCAGGAUGGUGAGCAGACCCACGCAGGGUUACACUGUCCUGGGGACCCAGAGAGGCAGCCUGGAGCUGACUCCAGGUCAAGUCAUGGUAGAGAAUAGGCUGCGGGAGGAGAGUGGGAGUCAUGCCCCACGAGCCCCCUGCCCUGGUGUCACAAUGUUGGAGACAGUCAUAGGAUCCCAAUAUUCUAGAGCUGAAGAGAGCAGGGAGGCUGUCAAGGCUGUGGGGUCCCCUGUUCUUCGGCUCCAAUAUAGAGACAUCCUGAGAACCAAUGAGCAGGCAGAUCCCCCAGUCACAAGGGUGGAUCUGAGUGGUUUAGGGUCUCCAAGAAACAGUAAAAGCCCCCCAUCCCCUAGAACAGAGGUUGCCCAAGUCCCUAAAGUGAAGUUGCCUAGUAAGUUUAAGCUCAAAGGGGAGGAAGAGCAGCAGAGCCACCUCCAGGACUGGCUCUCUGAUGUGCUCCUUCAAGAAUGUCCCGUUGACAUGCCCCUUCAAGACCGUGCCAACAACAUGAUCCUUCAAGACUGUGCCACUGACACACUUCUUCAAGGAUGCCCCAGGGAUGUGCUCUUUGCUGCAGACAUCUUGUCUUCCCAGAUGCCCCAGAGCUGUCCCCAGAGCAUGUCCAGUGCAGACAUGUCCACUUCCCAGGUGCUAUCUGACUUAUUCUCAGCUAGAGAGAGGACUCUGGGGCUCCAGGAUCCCAGGAUCUCGCAGUUUCAGGACCUAUGGAAGAAUCAGGGCAAAACUGGUGCCCCAACUGAGAGAGAGGACUGUAGCAAGCCCACACCAGGAAAGCAUGAAGAAGAUUUUUUAGGAUUAGGGAGAUCUCAAGCCAGAGGGGUGACCCAACUUGGCUAUAUCAGGGAAGUCAUAGACACUUUUGAGAGAAAGUACCCCCAGCUUCUGCUGGAGAAGGGACAGGCUCCUCCAGAAAAGUACUUCAGAAAACUUUUGAGGCACUAUCUUCGGUGUAUUUAUCCCAAUAAAAAAAUUAAAGAGCAAGAAGAUUAUCUGCAGAAAGACAAGCCAGAGUUGGCCUCUGUCCAGAGCCAAGGGCCUGUCAAAAGCAAAUCAUUGAUCUCUGAAGACAACAAGGCUGCCGAAACGCAAGCACUCAUGGCAGCCGUUGGCCAGAUCCUAGUGGAGAAACUGAGUCUUCAUGCCUUGGAGUUAAGUCAACAACAGGAAAAGGAAGCUGCCCGGGUCCUGGUUGACAGGUGUUCCUGCUACCACAGGGCUCCCUCCUACUCAGAGCAAAGGCGAGUGUCGAGUGACUCAGCCCACAGUCACCACGGCACCUCUGAGAGCCGGCGAUGUCGUGGCAGGGAAAGGCAAGCCAGAGGCCAGAAUGGCUGGAAAUUUUUAAGAUUGAAUGAUGAGAACAUGGACCUGAGGCAUUCCCCACCACCCCACUACAGGGAGCCUGGGUUUCCAGUCAGUUCCCACCACCAUCGUCCAAGGAUCCCAGGGGACUCCAGUGGCACUCACCAUUGCCCACGGCACUACCUUCAAAGAGAUGUCUUUUCUGAUCCACCAGCAAAUGCUUUUCGAGCCUUUCCUGGAUCCAGGAAGUGUCAGAAACAAGCAGCUUCACACAUCACAAAGUGGGCAUGGGAUUUUGAGGAGAAGGGGGAUUCGGGGGGGAGGCGGCUCUGGGGCCUAAAUUCAGAGUUCAGCCUCCAUGAAAGGCACAGCCACGCCUGUCCCCGCCCCUUCCUUUCUCACACCCUGGAGCAGCAGCCGCUACCAAGCUCCCGGCUCUGCGGGUGUGGAGGUGGGGAGUGUGGGGAGGCUGCUGAGGACCGCGCGCACCCCGCGCCCCAAAUGAAGUGCAUCCGCUCACUGGCCUCGUGCAUGGCUCCCUACCGUCCCCUCCGUCUCAACCCAGAAGGAGCUGAAGGCUGCGGGGCUGGGGCGAGCGGUCCGGCCGUGGAGGCGGGUGACGGUGGACGCUGA